GUUCCGGACCGACUGUCAUAGACAUUUCAAAAAGUACAGCGACCCGGAGGAGGCUCGUGCCAACCCACCAAACGCAUUGGUUGGACGUGAUGAGGAUUGGCACUUCCUCUGCGACCAUUAUAUCAGCCGUGCAUUCCAGGAGCAAUCACGGACAAACAAGGCUGCUAGACAGAAGCAGCCUUACAAUAUUAGUAGCGGGUCCAAGUCGUUUCUACAACGACAGUAUGAGCUCGCUGAAAGAAGAGGGCAGCCGGUCAAUCGUGUGGAAUUCUUCCAGGAAACACACGUUCGAGCUGGGACAUUCGUGUCGCAGGCCGUCGAGGAUGCGCAUAAUCAAAUGAUGGAACUCCAAUCCCAGCCUACCCCAGAGGGUAGUCAGCCACUCUCUGAGGAUGAGAUAUGCGAUCAGGUGUUGGGUAGACGACCAGGCUACUCAAAAAGCCUUGGUUGGGGACCCAAGUCGAAGGCCCGCAGAACGGCAAGUGCAAGCAGUUCGUCGACAUCUUGUUCGCAGUCCACACAAAAAGAGAUUGUAUUACAAGCUAAACUUCAUGAAGCUUUGGAACGGAUUGAAGUACAAGAUAGAAAUCACCAAGCAUUAGCUUCACAAGUGGAAGCUAUGAAAAAGAUGAUUGAAGACUUAACUCGUGCACAACAGGGACCACCACAUGAUCCCUAGCUCUGCGGUACGUCGUAUAUGUCUCUAUUAUUCUUAAGUUUUUGCAAUAUAUGAUUAUGUAUUAAACUUAGUUAUUUUUAUACCAUUUUUAGGACCGAAGGUGUAGAAUGACGCGCAUACGCACCUCGUUGGGAGACUUUUCAUUAUGUUUAUGU